AUGGCGGGUUUUGCGAUAUGCCUGACUCUUGUCUCUCUUAUAAACUUGACCCUUUCAACACCUACAGCCAACUCUGCCGGCCAUACUGUGCAUCUGAACUCGCGGGAUUCCAAUGCAGAUGAGUAUUCAUCUCCGCCGUAUUAUCCUACCCCGAAGGGAGGAUGGAUUUCCAACUGGACUCAAGCCUACGAGAAAGCGCACCGGGUUGUUAGUAACAUGACUCUCGCUGAAAAGGUGAACCUGACCACCGGUACGGGGAUGUUCAUGGGGCCUUGCGUUGGACAAACCGGUAGUGCACUCCGGUUUGGUAUACCCAAUAUCUGUCUGAUGGAUUCCCCGUUGGGGGUUCGCAAUGCCGACCACAAUACCGCGUUCCCAGCUGGGAUCACAGUUGGGGCAACCUUCGACAAAGACCUCAUGUACGCUCGCGGUGUUGGUCUCGGCGAGGAAGCCAAAGGAAAGGGCGUAAACGUUCUCAUGGGACCUGCUGUUGGUCCCUUGGGAAGAAAGCCGAGAGGGGGGCGUAACUGGGAGGCUUUCGGUGCCGAUCCUAGUCUUCAAGCAAUAGCGGCUGCUCAGACGAUUAAAGGAAUGCAGAGCGCAGGGGCAAUCGCAACCAUCAAGCAUUUCAUUGGCUAUGAGCAGGAACAGCAUCGAAUGAGCAGUGUUGUUACCCAAGGCUAUUCCUCCAACAUUGACGACCGGACCCUUCAUGAGCUUUACCUAUGGCCAUUUGCGGAGGGUGUUAGAGCAGGUGUAGGCUCGGUGAUGACUGCAUACAAUGAUGUAAACCGAUCAUCUUGCAGCCAGAAUAGCAAGCUGAUCAACGGGAUUCUCAAGGAUGAAUUAGGGUUCCAGGGGUUUAUAGUAACCGACUGGUUUGGGCAUAUCGGCGGUGUCUCAGCAACAUUGGCAGGCCUUGACAUGAGUAUGCCAGGUGAUGGUGCCAUCCCUGUACUUGGAGAUAGUUACUGGGCCUCUGAGUUGUCUCGCUCGAUCCUUAAUGGAACUGUUCCUGUGGAGCGCUUGAAUGACAUGGUCACCAGAAUCGUCGCAACGUGGUACAAAUUCGGCCAGGAUGAGGAUUACCCACUGCCAAAUUUCUCGGUGAACACCGACGAUGAGAAUGGGCUACUGUAUCCUGGUGCUCUUUUCUCACCAUCCGGCGUGGUCAACAAGUUCGUCAACGUGCAGGGUAAUCACAAUGUCACUGCACGGUCUGUUGCCCGUGAUGCAAUCACUUUGCUGAAGAAUGACGAUGAUGUGCUUCCGUUGAAACGGAAUGCUUCGUUGAAGAUCUUUGGAACAGAUGCCGGAGGAAAUACAGACGGUCUCAAUUCUUGCAGCGACGGCGGCUGUGACAAAGGUGUUUUGACACAGGGAUGGGGAAGUGGGACAUCGAAACUUCCUUACUUGAUUACUCCCCAAGAAGCCAUCGCCAACGUCUCUGCAAAUGCCGAGUUUCACAUUACCGAUUCCUUCCCUUCAGACGUGAAAGCGAGCCCGGCCGAUAUUGCCAUUGUUUUCAUUAACUCCGAUUCCGGUGAGAAUUACAUUACCGUUGAAAACAACCCAGGAGAUCGGACAUCUGCAGGCCUUUACGCCUGGCACAACGGGGAUGAUUUGGUCAAGGCAGCUGCAGAGAAGUUUUCCAAUGUUGUGGUAGUCAUCCAUACUGUCGGGCCGAUUAUCAUGGAGAAGUGGAUCGAUCUUGAAUCCGUCAAGGCCGUCUUGGUGGCUCACCUUCCUGGGCAAGAGGCUGGAGACUCGCUGGUGGAUAUACUAUUUGGCGACUACAGCCCUAGUGGCCAUCUACCUUACACUAUCCCUCGCAGUGAAUCAGACUAUCCAUCGAGUGUGGGUUUGCUCGCUCAGCCGUUUGGUCAAAUCCAGGACACAUUCACUGAAGGGUUGUAUGUCGACUAUCGCCACUUCCUGAAGGCGAAUGUAACACCCAGAUAUCCAUUCGGUCACGGUCUGUCAUAUACCACUUUCAAUAUUUCUGAGCCAACUCUAUCUAUGGGCACGCCAUUAAGCGAUGCCUAUCCCUCGCCUCGUCCUACCAAGGGACCAACACCAACAUAUGCUAGCACAAUUCCCCCAGCAUCUGAAGUGGCCUGGCCAAAGAACUUCAAUCGCAUCUGGCGGUAUCUAUAUCCAUAUCUCGACAAUCCUGAGGCUGUGACUUCGAAAGCCGAUUAUCCCUAUCCGACUGGAUACACAAACGAGUCCCACCCAGCACCACGCGCCGGUGGGGGAGAAGGAGGCAACCCAGCCCUUUUUGAUACUGCAUUUACUGUCAGUGUUAAAGUGACCAACACUGGCAGGCGAAAUGGCCGUGCUGUUGCACAAUUAUAUGUAGAGCUUCCAUCCAGCCUGGAACUCGAUACACCAUCUCGUCAGUUGCGUCAGUUUGGAAAAAGCAAAACAUUGGCACCGGGACAAAGUGAAGUCCUGGAGUUAGCGGUCACGCGCAAAGAUCUGAGUGUCUGGGAUGUUGUGACGCAGGAUUGGAAAGCACCCGUCAACGGCGAAGGUGUCAAGUUGUGGGUUGGCGAGAGCGUUGCUGAUCUAAACAUUGUGUGUGAGGUUGGUGGAAAAUGCUCCUCGGCUUCCUUGUGA